AUGAUGAUCGCGCACGACGUGAAACAUAUUUUCGGUUGUCCUGGAGGGGCAACUCUUCCUGUAUUCUACGCCAUCUAUAACUCCAAGCAUUUCAAUUUCGUCUUGUCGAAGCACGAGCAAGGAGCAGGCCACAUGGCUGAGGGCUACGCCCGUUCGUCUGGUAAACCCGGCGUUGUUCCGGUGACGAGUGGUCCAGGCGCUACCAAUGUGAUCACGCCGAUGGCAGGUUCGUUGGCAGAUGGAACGUCGAUGGUAGUCUUCACUGGACAGGUCUCCACUACUGCCAUUGGAAGCAACGCUUUCCAGGAGGCUGAUGCGGUUGGGAUAUCGCGAGGUUGCACCAAAUGGGAUGUGAUGGUUCAGAAUAUGGCAGAGUUACCGAAACAAAUCAACGAGGCUUUCGAGAUCGCUGCAAGUGGACGUCCAAGCCCUGUGCUGGUCGAUCUGUCCGGAGACAUCACGGGUGAGUUUCUUCGGAAAGCCAUCCCCACGGAGUCGACCUUUCCUCCCGCGACUAGCGCCGUUGCUCGUCAGGCGGUGGAGUUACAAAAGAAACAGAUCAUGUACAAUGCUGAGUCUCCUGUGAUAUUUGCCGGCAAUGGCAUUAUCUGCUCGGAGAACGGGUCCAAGUUGUUAAGAGCAUUGACUGAUAAAGCAUCUAUCCCUCUGGCAACCUCUCUUCACGGUGUCGGUGCCUUCGAUGAGCUGGACAAAAACUCCCUCCAUAUCCUUGGGAUGCAUAGAUCUGCCUAUGCUAAUUUGUCCAUGCAAAAUGCAGAUGUUAUAAUUGCCCUUGGUGGCCGCUUCGAUGAACGUGUUAUUUGCAAUGUGGCCAAAUUUGCCCUCAAUGCUCAUGCUGCCAGUAAGGCAGGACGCGGUGGCAUCAUCCUCUUCGAAAUUAUGUCCAAAAAUAUCAAUAAGGUCGUUCAGGCGACCGAAGCCAUGGAGGGAGAUGUGGGCGCUAAUCUAGAACUUUUGAUCCCGCGGAUCAAGGAAAAGUCCAUGACAAGUCCGCAAGGCUUGUCGCCACUUUUCGCCUACGAGAAGGCUGAGCGCUCUGGAUUCAUUAAGUCGCAAACACUUAUCGAACAGCUGAGCAAUCUUACAGCCGACCGCAAAGACAACACUUCUAUAUCAACGGGUCAUUUCCGUUGGCAUUACCCUCGUACCAUGAUCACCUCUGGUGGCCUUGGGACAAUGGUUUAUGGUUUGCCUGCAGCAAUCGGGGCGGAGGUUGCGAAACUUGAUGCUCUUGUUAUUGGUAUCGAGGGUGACGCGUCUUUAGCGAUGACUCAAAAUGAGCUAUCAACCGCCUCGCAGUUUGAUAUUGGUGUAAAGUUUAUUGUCCUGAAUAAUGAAGAGCAGGGCAUGAUUACGCAAUGGCAGGACCUCUUCUAUGAAGACCGUUACGUUCACUGCCACCAGAUGAACCCCGGCUUUGUUAAGCUCGUGGUAGCUAUGGGCCUACAGGCCCGCCGGUCAGUAAAAGCGGACGACGUAGUGGACAGUUUGAAAUGGUUGAUCGACACAGAGGGGCUGGCGCUGCUCGAGGUUAUGACCGAUAGGAAGGUAUCGGUGUUGCCAAUGGUCCCUGGAGUCUCAGGACUACACGAAUUCAUCAUGUGGGAUAGUGGUAAAGCACGCCGGGAGUUGAUGCGGCAACGGACACUCGGACUGCACAGCUAG